CAACUCGUUGGUAGCUAAGGCCUAAGGUAAUUGAACUGCCGCAGGAGGCUGCAAUACUUUCCGUUAAUUCCACGGCUCUUCACUGCAACCACUCGCCACCGUUUCCCUCCUUCAAAGCCACCUACCCAGCCGCCGCGCCUCCAAAAGCCUCCACUCCCCCAUCUUCUUCCUCUUAAUUCCCUAAAUCCCCUUCAAAUCUCCUGAAAUACAUAUACUUGUAGGGAGAAAAUCUGUAAUUUUGAUGGCGUUGUUAGAGGAGAUAGUGAAGUCAUUGGAGCUAUGGUUAGGGCUGAUCAAGGAGACGCAGACUUUUGUUGACCCUACGCUCGACCCGGUGCUUCUGGUUCCUGGAAUAGCCGGUUCAAUUAUCAACGCCGUCAAUAAUAAAACUGGUAAAUCUGAACGGGUUUGGGUCCGGAUCCUUGGCGCCGACCAUGAGUUCUGUGAUAAGCUCUGGUCUCGCUUCGACUCUUCCACGGGUAAAGCAGUGACUUUAGACCCUGAUACGAGUAUUGAGGUUCCUGAAGACAGAUAUGGGUUAUACGCCAUUGAUUCUUUGGAUCCUGAUAUGAUUAUUGGACGCGACAGUGUAUAUUAUUUCCAUGAUAUGAUAGCUGAAAUGCUCAUGUGGGGCUACCAAGAGGGAACAACACUUUUUGGGUUUGGUUAUGAUUUUCGUCAGAGCAACAGGUUUCAUGAAACACUGGAGCGCCUUGAGGCAAAGUUGAAGUCAAUAUAUACUGCAUCAGGGGGAAAAAAGAUAAACAUCAUCAGCCAUUCUAUGGGUGGUCUCCUUGUGAAAUGCUUCAUGAACCUUCACAGUGAUAUCUUUGAGAAGUAUGUCAAAAACUGGAUAGCAAUUGCUGCUCCUUUCCAAGGUGCACCUGGUUAUAUUACCUCUACAUUUUUUAAUGGAAUGUCUUUCCUGGACGGGUGGGAAAAGAAUUUUUUCAUAUCUAAGUGGAGCAUGCACCAAUUGUUAAUUGAAUGUCCAUCAAUAUAUGAAUUGAUGGGCUCUCCAGAUUUUAACUGGGAAGACAUACCACUUCUACAAGUCUGGAGGGAGAGUUCUAAUAGCAAUGGAGAUUCUGCCACUAUGCUGGAGUCCUAUCCUCCAGUUCAAGCUGUAUCAAUUAUGAAGGAAGCUCUCGAAAAUAAUAAGGUGAUCUAUGAUGGUGUUGAUAUUGCUUUACCAUUUAAUGUUGAAAUCUUGAAAUGGGCCAAUGAGACCCGAAAUAUUUUAAACCGUGCAAAGAAGCCUCCUCAAGUCAAAUUUUAUAAUAUCUAUGGGACUAACUAUGAUACACCACAUACUGUCAGUUAUGGAAGUGCAGAUAAACCUGUCUCAGAUUUAAAGCAGCUACCUUUUGUAACGGCUGAUUUCAUAUAUGUUGAUGGUGAUGGAACAGUUCCAACAGAAUCUGCAAAGGCAGAUGGGCUUAAUGCAGAAGCAAGGGUUGGAGUCCCUGCAGAUCACAGAGGGAUCAUCUGUGAUCGUUAUGUUUUUAGGGUUAUCAAACACUGGCUGAAGGCGGAUCACGAUCCUUUCUAUAAUCCCGUUAACGAUUAUGUUAUCCUUCCCACCUUGUUUGACAUGGAGAGGCGCCAAGAAAAAGGGUUGGAGAUCACUUCCCUCAAGGAGGAAUGGGAAAUUAUAUCAGAAGGGGCAGAGUAUGUGGCGGAUGAAAAGCCGAUUGUGGGUUCUAUUUGUGUUUCUCGUGUCGGGGAAGACAAUGUUUCACGGGAAGAUGCUCAAGCCACUGUGGUUGUUCACCCUGCGCUCGAUGGUAAGAAAUGCCAUGUUGAACUUAGUGCCAUGUCUGUCUCGACGAAUGUAUAAAUUUUAGCUGCCGAUUCAUAUUCAUCGUGGAAGUGGUAUUGAUGUGUGUUGGGCUGACUUUAUUUAUAUAUAUAUAUAUUUCUGUAUAUAUUGCAAGAUGGUUAUGGAACUCUAAUCCUCUUGUGUUAUACAAGCUAUGUUAUUUUAGAAUGUAUUUGUACAUAUUUAAGUUGUGUAUAUCCUUCACAUGUAAAUAUCCCAUUGUAUCUAUAACUUGUGGAUUGGCAAUAAAGUAAUCUGCAUGUCCUGGUUACUUGGGCCCU